AUGGCAGCCAAGACGUCUGUGGAAAGUCUCCAGGAUGAAGCCUCCCCCUCCAUCUGCCUGGAACUUUUCCAGGACCCUGUGUCCAUCCACUGCGGGCUCAGCUUUUGCCGGGCAUGCAUCACUUGGAACUGGGAAGGACUGACCCCCAACUUCUCCUGUCUGCGCUGCAGGGAGACGGUGGAAGGAGGGGAGAACUUGUGCAAGGAGCCCCAAGAAGCCCUGAAGCUCUGCUGCGAAGACGGGGAGAGGCUUAUCUGUGUGGUGUGUGACAGGUCCAAGGUGCACCGUAACCAUUCCGUGGUUCCCAUGGACGAGGCUGCCCAGGUGUACAAGCUAUUGAAGUGGCAUUACCUGCCCUGA